UCCUGCACAGCGCUCACUCCGGAGAACGAGCCGCAGUGAAGCACACACCGCAACGCCUCUCAGGAGCUGGAGCUCACCUACAACCUCACGUCGGGGGUGGAGGAAGUGCCGGGUGUCUCCUGAACAUAGCGGGUACAUGUACAUUAGCUUCGGCCGAGGGUAACGUUGUGUGUUCGAGGACCGUACGCCGCGAUGUCGGAGUUCCUGGUGAGUCUAUUCGGAGAGCGGCUCGUCAACAGCGAAAAAGCCGAAGUGGACGUGCAGUCUCUGGGCGCCAAGCUGUCUCUGGUCGGGCUCUUCUUCGGAUGCAGCCUGAACGCACCGUGCAAGCAGUUCAACGGCAGCCUGUGCGAGUUUUAUACUAGGUUCAAAAAGGCGUGUGAACACAAGGACAAAUUGGAAAUCGUCUUCAUCUCCUCUGAUCAGGACCAGAAACACUGGCAAGACUUUUUGCAGGAGAUGCCAUGGCCCGCCUUACCUUUCAAAGACAGACACAAAAAGAUGAAGCUGUGGAACAAGUACAAGGUAACCAGUAUACCAUCUCUGGUGUUCGUGGAUGCCUCUACGGGGAAGGUGGUGUGUCGAAAUGGGCUACUGGUGGUCAGAGAUGACCCUAAAGGCCUGGAGUUCCCCUGGGGGCCAAAGCCAUUUGCCGAGGUGGUGGCAGGGCCUCUGCUCAGGAACAACAGGCAAACGGCAGACGGCACCUCUCUAGAGGGACACUACGUGGGAGUGUACUUCUCGGCACACUGGUGCCCUCCUUGCCGCAGUUUGACCCGGGUCUUGGUGGAAUCAUAUCAAACCGUCAAAGAGGCGGGUCAGAAGUUUGAGAUCGUGUUUGUCAGCGCUGACAGGUCAGAGGAGUCCUUUAAGCAGUACUUCAGCGAGAUGCCCUGGUUGGCCGUGCCGUAUUUGGACGAGGGUCGCCGGUCACGACUCAACAGACUUUAUGGAAUACAAGGUAUUCCCACACUGAUUCUGCUGGACACAGAGGGUCACAUGAUCUCGCGACAGGGCCGUGUGGAGGUGCUGAACGACCCAGAGUGCCGGCUCUUUCCAUGGCACCCUCGCCCUGUGCUGGAACUCAGCGAGUCCAACGCCGUGCAGCUGCACGAGGGGCCCUGCCUCGUCCUGUUUGUGGAUGCGGAGGAGGAAGGUGAACUGGAGCCAGCCAAGGAGCUGAUUCAGCCAAUAGCGGAAAAGAUUAUGGCCAAGUACAAAGCCAAGGAGGAGGAAAUGCCGCUGCUGUUCUUUGUGGCUGGAGAGGAUGACAUGAGUGACUCCCUGCGGGACUACACCAACCUCCCAGAAGCAGCCCCUCUGCUCACCAUCCUGGACAUGUCGGCCCGGGCCAAGUAUGUUCGCGACGUGGAGGAGAUCACGCCGGCCGAAGUGGAGCAGUUUGUCAACGACUUCCUGGCUGAAAAGCUCAAACCAGAGCCCAUCUAAAGAGGAAGACUAAGUGUAAAUCGGACCUACUAUAUGGGACUCACUCCAUCAUCGAACCCUGACCUGUUGCUACUCCCCCUCACCCUCCCACUAUCUCUCCCACUUCCCCCCUGACUUUGUCAGGCUGUUAGAGAGAUGUCUCAAUUUUUACUGACAUUUUAACAACUUUCUUUUAGACAUGUUCCUCUUUUCAUUGAGUCCUCUCUUUCUCCUGUGGUGCCUUGCAUUGAUGAUAGUCCCUACAAUAAUACAAAUGGAGAUUCUGUUGUUUUUUGGCCGAAGAACACAUAUUUUUUCUUUUUUUUCACCCAAUAGCAUUUCUGUACUCUAGAUAAAACCAGAGAAUCACCCAGUGGACCUACUUAUUCAGCUGAUUGUGUGCUUUCUGUUUUGUCUGCGAGAUCCUUGUUGCUUUAGGUUUCUGAAUGAUGUUGAGAAAGAAUAAAAUGCAUUUUUACAGUCGUAAUUCACUAGUAGUGCAAAUGUGCUGAACCUCAGCUGGAUGUAGCCUAUUUAAACUAAAAAAACAGGUGCACAUACAGUAAUGAUCACAUUAUACUUGCUUGUAACAGACCAAUGACUGAAGUGUUUGAACCCCUGUGUCUUGUGUGUGCUGUGAGCGAAAGUCCUCUCUUGCCAGUUGUUAAUGGUGGCUCUCAUCUCAAAGUCAUGAGGAUUUUCUGUGAAUAUCCCCUGAUGAAAAGGUCAGGUUAUUUCUGAAGGCACAGAAAUGGCAUUGGAAAAAUGUUGAAUAUAUAAAUCCCUGUAUUAUUUUACUUCAGUCAUGACUUCUCACACCCAUUAAAAUGUCACUGGCAAGCUCAAAGUUCUGCUCCUUUUAACUUCCAUCAAUAAAGUUAGCUCUUGGAUAUUUAAAAUGCA